GAGUCCCCCUUUGUAAGCUCUGAUCACCAACUGUCUAAAAGUCUCAUAAAUUACCACAUCUCUCGCUUUAUUGAUGAAGCAACGUUUCAUAAGAUUUCAGGCACACGAAUAAUUUCAGCGGCAUCAUCGAAACUCCCAAUCUCCAUAGAAUAGCGAAGUAAGUUUCUUCCGCAUCACGAUGCCAAAACGUAAGAACAAACCGAGUCGAGCGGAUUGCUUGAGGCGAGAUACUGCGCAUGUUGAAUCACAUACUGGUUUAAAAAUCGUAGAAGGAUCUUUCCUCGUCAUAACCAUCAACAACGAUUGCCUACUGCAGGCCCAUAGCACAGGUGAUAACUCUCUUUUAGCACGACUCCCUGCAUAUUUACAAGAUGCCAGGAGGAUUCGAAUCGAGAUGUUUUGCCGGUAUCCGAGGAUCAGACAAGUCCGCGAAGAUACCAUUCGGAAGAUCGAAUUAUUGACCAGGAUGAGGGAACUGUUGAAUAAAUCCAAGAUUAUCGACAGGUUGGAGGUAGUCUUCCACACGGGGCAAGAGAAACUUGACCCAUACAUUCCUCAGCUUCGGGCUGUUAUUCCUCUCUAUAAUCUAAAUUUUAGGAAAUGGACGCUGCACUGCCAUUGGAGCCGGGGUCUAAAAACUAUCGAAGUGAAGCGCGAUUCCGAACUGGAAAGAAAAAUUAUCAGUCAUCCAUGGUUGAAAUUCCUCCACAGAAGACACUUAAUCAUCAAAAUCGACCACACCAAGAAGUGCAAAGUACGCAAGGGAAUCAAAUAUGAGGAUGAGUGCGAGGAAUUGAAGGAAUCUUUCUUCAUAAUUCUCCCUCUUUUCUUGAGCCAAGCAAUGGACAUCCAUAUCGAAGUUACACCAUUGAAGCGCAAAUACUUGUUGGUACGCAUGUUUGACAACCGCAAGAUGAUGAUUGAUAAAAUGGUUCGGCUUAUCAAUAGAUAUCGAAAUGUCAAUAAGGUUAAGGUUGUCUUUCUGGCCGAUGAAUACAAAGCAGACUACCCAAAUUUUGCAAGUUAUUUCCUUGGCUUAAGGCCGAAUUGGAGACCUUUUGAAGUUCUUGAUGAGGGGAAUGGAAGAGAGACCCCAGUAAGCUCGCUCGCCAAGCACAGAACUUCGGAACUUCGUAAAAGCAACAAUUACGGCGCUUCAUCAGCGGGUAACCGGCUCACAAAUCUUCCCGGUGAGAUUUUUAAUAUUAUCAUCGCCCAGCUACCUCCCGUCUCUGCCAAUUCUUUACGUGCUUGCAAUAAAUUACUGGAAAAUUUGAUUAAUCCACAAAGACUUUGAGAUACCCUUGCUGUUAUUAUUCAGGUGGAUCCUAAGGAUAUUCCUGCAAUUUGCAUCCGGAAAAUAAUCGCUAACCA